GUAGUCCCGUGGUUUCUGUGUUGCAAUCACUACGCCAUCAUGUGGACCAUCUCAAAUAACAUAUACACUCCUGGUCCAUCCACAAUUCCUUGUUUUCUUCUUCGUUCUACACUAUCUUAACAUCCUUUGUUAUCGCAAACACAAUGGCCGACCAAUUCAGCACUCCACUUGAGUUGCCACUCAGCGAAGAAAGUCUCGUAGCUAUCAACGCCCACCUCUCCCAGCUUUCUCCACAAGACAUCCUCAUAUGGGCACUCACGCACCUCCCUGCCCUCUACCAGACCACAGCUUUUGGUCUCACUGGGCUCGUCGCCCUCGAUAUGCUUUCCAAGUCUGGUCAUCCAAUCCCGAAACUUAUUUUUCUGGACACGCUGUAUCACUUUGCGGAAACAUAUGAGCUCGUGCAGGAGGUGCGGGAACGUUAUGCUGUCGACAUAAAGGUGUACAAGCCCGAGGGAUGCAAGACCAUUGGAGAUUUUGAAAAGAAACAUGGCGAAGAAUUGUGGCAGAAAGACGAAGACAUAUACGAUUUUGCGGUCAAGGUUGAACCCGCCCAGCGCGCGUACCAGGAGCUUGGCGUGCAUAGCGUUAUCACGGGCCGGCGUAGAUCUCAGGGCGGCGAUCGUGCCUCCCUCCAGCCGCUUGAGGUCGAUGAAACAGGGCUCCUCAAGCUAAACCCACUUUUUGCGUGGUCCUUCGCGCAGGUCGAUGCAUACAUUCGCGAGAACAAUGUUCCAAGGAAUAAACUGCUCGAUCAGGGAUAUCGCAGUGUCGGUGACUGGCAUAGCACGCAGCCCAGUCGUGAGGGCGAUACUGGCGAGCGUGCUGGGAGAUGGGCAGACAAGGAUGGGAAGACUGAAUGUGGUCUCCAUAAGAACUUUUCUGAGAUGAAGUUGAGGGCAAAGCUCGAGGAGCAACGCAUACCAGGAGAAGAAGUAACAACUGCUUCAGAGGUAGCCACUCCUCCUGCGUAAUUAAUUUAAUGGUGUAACGAUGCCGAGAAGUCUUGAAUAUGUAUCGCUGUGUCUAAGUGCUGGUCUAAGGGCCUGAGAAUUUCUCUUGGCUGUGCAAACGUUCGUUAUCUGAUGAUCAGAGCGGCUUCGAUAGUCUUGGAAUUACAGUACACUGGCUUCUAUCUCUCAGCUAUAAUUUUAGAUGCGCCUGAUUUCCUUCAAGGUUGAAGGGGAAUUCCACAAAUGUCGAAUCCUAAUCUUCGCUGUCAUAAAUCUCAUAAACAUUUAGUAGUGUGCCUAAAGCUAUCACAUGAUGCCUUAAUGACCAGCCAAUUCAUAUCCAUAUACUGGUUCCGGCCACGUACCAGGGUAUAA